GUAAACAGAAUCAGUACGCAGCCAAUUAGUGUUUUAAUGUCCGGCAUCCUUCCAGGAUGAUUAUUUUGAUCUUAGAACUUGGUUUUCGGAAACUAAAACAUCCAAACUAAUAAAUCCUGGCCGCAAAUAUUGUAAGUAUCCUGGCGAGAAAAAAAAAUGGAAUCCAGUUGUCGCAUUUGCCGCAAAACGGCUGCAUUCGAACCGGUCUGGCUGAAUUCGUGGUCCGAAUCCCUCAAGGAACUAAUCUCGGACAUGUACACCUACUGCACUCAACUAGAGGUUUCCUACAGCGAUUUGUUGCCUCAACAAAUUUGUGAAGACUGUCUCAACCGGCUUACGAUGGCGUACGAUUUCCGGAAGCUGUGUCGCCAUUCGGAUGCUCUGUUCCGGGAGCAGCUUAGGAGGCAGAAACGCUCCACCAUCACCCCAGUGGUAGUGGAAGCGGAGGGUAGCGAGAUCAAUAUGGACUGGACCAUCAAAAUCCCUGAGGAGUCACUAGCGAGUACUGAACAAAAGAAGCUUUCUGAUGAUGACAAAAUGUUGGAUCUAACGGAUCACGGAUCUCUAACCCUCAAAUGCUGCUUCGAACAGUGCCAUGAAACCACGGAGGAUUACGAUAAACUGGUGGAGCACGCGGCCGGAAGUCACGAGUUUGAGAGAACUGAUAAUGAGCUGAAAAGAGAUGCGAAUCAAAACUUCAUUUGUCGAAUCUGUUUGAAGGGAUUCGACAGCCAAACCCAACGGAACAUGCACCAAGGAUUCAUUCAAGAAAUACAAAGACUGCACUACCCAAGGUGCGGCGAUUCGUUCACUUCCGGCGAGGAAUUCCUGAAUCACGAGGCAAAGGAGUGCCCUAAGGAAGAAAAAACGUUCGAACGGCUUGCAGAAGAAAAAGGUUCAUUAUUGCGGGAAGCAUUGAUUCAAAGAAUACUCGCAGCUAAAAAGACGGAUGAACUUUUGCGGAUCAGUCCGGAGGAGCAAGCCAUCGUAAAGCAUAAACUCUUCUUCAGCAGAUUACGGAGCGAGUUGAAGUACUCUCGGAAGCAGGUGAAACUUUACUUCAUUUGCGACACGUGCAACUUUCGAGCGGCAAGUGUUAAGGACGUAAAACUGCACUUACGCGGAGAAAGCUGCGCUAAAGGGUACCACCUCGCUCUUGGAUUUUGCCAGGUCACCUUGCGCAGAAUACAGUGCCUAGAGUGCGUAACUUGUGGCCAUCAGUGCAUCUACUCCAAAGCCUUACGACGCCAUCAGGAAAGACACAAUCAUCGAGGGAUACGAAGAUCGGUCAAAGUUCGACAGAUAAUCGGAAGGCAUCUCCCAUGUGAGUACUGUGGCCGGGUACUGGCCAGUACCGCCAGUCGCAAAAGCCAUCGCAGCAGGUGCAUCGUGGCCAAGAGCAGUAACACGGCUCAAAUACUCCAGGGAACGUCUACUGGAUCUACUAACAUGGAUCCAGGUGAACAUUCGUCGAACAUUUCCGAUGGAAAGGGCGAACCGUUCAUUACAGAAAUUAAAAUUGAAGAAUUCGAUCCGGAAGAUAUGGGGGAUCAUCAGAUAGGCCAUCAAGAACCUAAAUCGGAACAAACUCCUACCCUAUCCUCUAAGACACGACGAAAGCCAAAGCCAGCAUCCUUCUACUGCGUUAUAUGUAGCUACGCUACCAACAAACACGGCAAUCUCAAACGACACUUGCAGAUCUGCCUGGGAAAGGUUCCCCCUCAGCAGGCGGCUUACUACGGCGAGAUAGUGAAGCAGGAAAUGGCCAAAAACUUCCGCAAGUUGGCGCCUCGUAUCUGUGAGCGUUGUGGCUAUUGGACCAACAAAAGUGGGAACAUGAAACGUCAUUUAAUAAGGUGCUACACUAAAGCCCAACGGCGACAUGCCAUUGAAAGCGAUUCUCAAUAGUUCGCGGGGGGGAUGUGAGGAAUGAAGGGAUGCUCAACACGACCGUGUGGUCGCAAGUUUACAGUCUAAACUAGGAAACGAUAACGGUUGAUGUAAGCAAAUUUAGUCAUACUAUAUAAGUAGAAACUCGGAUGUACCUAUGUUAACAAAUUAUGGACACUCGUCUGUACUGUAAUGCGUAUCAUUACAUACUUUGAACGAAAACA